AGAGGAAAGGAAAGGAAGAGGAAGAGAGGAAAAAGAGGAGGAGGGGAGGAAGAAGAAGAAGAGAAGAGAGGAAGAAAAAGAGAGGAAGAGGAGAAGAGAAAAAAAAAGAGAGGAGGAAGAGGGUUCCCUUAUCCAGGGAGAAGACUCCGGGGAAGCCCUGGUCCUGCUCCGGAUGGCGCCUUGGGGUCGGGGGCGACGUGGCCUUGCCAGCUGGGCACUGCUGUGGUGCUGCUGGUGCCCCUGGGCCCCGAGGAGUGUGGGCGCCCUGGCCUCCUCGUCUUCUUCUCCUUCCUCUUCGCCCAGGCUGCCGCUGCCUCAGUGCCAGGAGGCAGAGUACCACUUUGAAUACACAGAGUGUGACAGCACCGGAUCCAGAUGGAGGGUAGCAGUCCCAAAUCCAGAAGUGGAAUGUUCUGGUUUACCUGAUCCUGUCAAAGGAAAGGAAUGCACUUUUUCAUGUGCAUCUGGAGAAUAUCUCGAAAUGAAAAACCAGGUGUGCAGUAAAUGUGAUGAAGGCACUUACUCCUUGGGAAGUGGAAUCAAAUUUGAUGAAUGGGAUGACCUUCCUGCUGGAUUCUCCAAUGUCGCAACUUACAUGGACACAGCCAUUGGCUCAGCUGAGAGGAAAGCAGAUAAUUGUGGCAAAUCUUCAUGGACGCCUCGUGGGAAUUACAUCGAGUCAAAUAGGGAUGACUGCACUGUCUCCUUGAUCUACACCGUGCACCUGAAGAAGUCUGGUUCUGUCAUCUUUGAAUACCAGUAUAUUGACAACAACAUCUUCUUUGAGUUUUUUAUUCAAAAUGACCAGUGCCAAGAAAUGGAUACUACAAGUGAUAAAUGGGUGAAAUUAACAGAUAAUGGUGAAUGGGGCUCUCAUUCUGUAACACUGAAAUCAGGCACUAAUAUAUUAUACUGGAGGACAACAGGGAUCCUGAUGGGUUCACAGGUGGUGAAACCUGUACUUGUGAAAAACGUUACGAUCGAAGGGGUGGCUUAUACAUCUGAAUGUUUUCCUUGCAAACCUGGUACAUUUAGCAACAUGCCAGGCUCUUCUACAUGCCAACUCUGUCCUAGAAAUACUUACUCUGAAAAGGGUGCUAAGGAAUGCACUAAGUGUGAUGAAGAAACACAUUACGCAGAUGAAGGUUCAAGCCAGUGUAUGGAACGUCUUCCAUGCUCAAGCAAAGACUUUUUUCAGAUCCACACACCAUGUGAUCAGGAUGGAAAGACUCAGCUCAUGUACAAAUGGGUGGAGCCCAAGAUAUGUAGGGAGGAUGUACCUGAAGCAGUGAAACUGCCUCCUUCAGGAGAGAGGAGAGAAUGUCCACCUUGUAACCCUGGUUUCUAUAACAAUGGCUCAUCUUUCUGUGCUCCUUGUCCUCCGGGAAUGUUUUCUGAUGGAACAAGAGAGUGCAAGUCUUGCCCUGCUGGUACUGAACCAGCUCUAGGAUUGGAAUACAAAUGGUGGAACGUACUACCUUUUAAUAUGAAGACUUCUUGUUUCAAUGUGGGAAAUUCAAAAUGUGAUGGGAUGAAUGGUUGGGAAGUAGCUGGUGACCACAUCCGGAGUGGGGCAGGGGGAACAGAUAAUGAUUACCUCAUUGUGAAUCUUCACAUACCAGGAUUUAAGCCUCCAACAUCAGUAACUGGGGUGACUGGUUCAGAACUUGGACGGAUCACUUUUGUGUUUGAGACCAUCUGUUCAGCAGAUUGUGUGCUGUAUUUCAUGGCGGACAUUAAUAAAAAGAACACAAAUGUAGUGGAAUCAUGGAGUGGAAUUAAGGAAAAGCAAUCGUACACCCAUAUAAUAACAAAAAAUGCUUCUUUUACAUUUACGUGGGCUUUCCAGAGAACAAGUCAAGGCCAAGAUAGCAGGAAGCUCAUCAAUGAUGUGGCAAAGAUCUAUUCAAUCACUGUAACCAAUGCAGUUGAUGGUGCUGCCUCAUCUUGUCGGGCCUGUGCUGUUGGUUCUGAACAGUCUGGUUCCUCCUGCAUUCCCUGUCCAGCUGGGCACUAUAUAGAAAAGGAAACCAACCAGUGCAGGGAAUGUCCUCCCAAUACAUACCUGUCCAUUCAUCAAGGGUACGGUCAAGAAGCAUGUAUCCCUUGUGGCCCUGGCAGCCAAAGCACCAAGGACCAUUCUGCUUGCUUUAGUGAUUGCCUGUUUGCCUACACCAAGGAUAAUCAGAGCCUGAGCUAUGAUUUUAGCAGCCUCAGUAGAGUAGGCUCAUUAAUGAAUGGACCUAGCUUUACAGCAAGAGGAACAAAAUUCUUCCAUUUCUUCAAUAUCAGCCUCUGUGGAAACCAGGGGGAAAAGGUAGCAAUUUGUGCAGACAAUAUAACAGAUAUUACACUAAAGGAUAUGGUAGCUGAAUCAGAAGAUUAUUCCAAUGUUGUGAGAGCUUUUGUUUGCCAGUCAACUAUCAUACCACCUGACAGCAAGGGAUUCCGAACUGCUCUGGCACUUCAGUCCAACAGCCUUGCUGACACUUUUCUUGGAGCUACAAUUGAAACAAAACUGGGGUAUAUAACCGUUAAGUCAGAAAUGUUUGAGCAAUCUGAAAACGAGAUCCCUGAUGUGCAUUUUUAUUACAAGUCUUCAGGAGCUACAGCAAUUUGUGAAAAUGGGCGUGCUUCUGUGGUGACAAUGCGGUGUAACCCUGCAAAACCUGACCAAGGAGAAAUUUCAGUUCCCGGUUCUUGCUCUGCAGGUACCUGUGAUGGAUGUAACUUCUACUUCUUGUGGGAAAGUGCAGAAGCCUGUCCCAUGUGUACAGAGCAAGACUACCAUGAAAUUGAAGGAGCUUGUAAAAAAGGACAUCAGGAAACCUUAUAUGUAUGGAAUGAACCAAAACUGUGUAUAAAAGGAGUUUCUUUGCCUGAAAAAAAGAUCAUCAUCUGUGAAACAGUAGAUUUCUGGCUGAAAGUUGGAGCAGGUGUGGGUGCUUUCACGGGUGUUUUGCUGAUUGCUUUAACCUGCUAUUUCUGGAAGAAGAAUCAGAAGCUAGAGUAUAAAUAUUCCAAAUUGGUGAUGACAGCAAAUUCAAAGGAAUGUGAGCUUCCAGCUGCUGACAGCUGUGCUAUCAUGGAAGGGGAAGAUAAUGAAGAGGAAAUAGUAUAUUCAAAUAAACAGUCAUUAUUAGGAAAACUCAAAUCAUUAGCAACAAAGGAAAAGGAAGCCCGAUUUGAAUCUGUUCAACUGAAAUCCUCAAGAUCUCAAAAUAUAUGAAGUCUUAACUCCACCUAUGGACCAGUGAACAUAAUUUCUAUUUAUAGAGGACUUCAUUUUCAACAUGUUCUGACAUACUUCUGAAGGGUGGUCUCCUGUGAGGAGAACUGAACAACCUAAGAGGAAAAAAGAAAACAGCAGAGAAGAGCAAGAGGGGAAUUUGCCUUAUCUGUGACUGAGUAAUUUGCCAAAAAAAAAAAGAGAGAAAUCAAGCAGACUGUGUUGUAAACCAAGGAUGGAUGUUCAACUCAGGGUCAAAGGAAGCAUGAGCAGAGAUUGUCCAGGAUGUUGCGCUGUCUGAGGCUGGUAAUCUCAACAGCGCCUCCUGGAAUAGUAAAAAGAUAGCAAGGAAUUAAAUAAUUUGACAGUUGUGCUGCCCUUUAAUGCUCUCUGCUCAAAUGUUGUCUUUGUGAGGUGGGCUGUUUCUCUCUAUACUUAGAGAGGGUGCAUCUGAUAUGAGGUUUACAUUGAUCUCUGUGUGGUUUUGGCAUAUCAAAUGAUUAAUUUAUUUGUACUUCUUUAGCUCUCAUCUUUCCUGUCACAGCCUGGCUUUUAGAAAUAAUAGAAGAGUCUCUGAAAGCCACUAUAGGAACUGGAAGAUGUGCUGAAGUUGCAGAGGCGAGUUUCUCUUGAAAUCAAACAGCAGGCAAUAUUUUAAACUGAGGAACUAUGGAUUUAAACAAAAAUCUUUAGAAAGGAGAAUGCUUGCCAUGAAAAUCUGGGGUGUUCUAUCUAAUAUUGAGAAUCCAGUUUUGCACCUGCACAAUCAGCUUCUUUAGGUGCAAAGACCUAAAACUGACCUGUGGAAAAACUGAGCAUAUCAUCUGAAGGCUAAAAAUGUUGACCGAUAUGAGUUUACUGAGGAGUAAGUCCUACUGCUUUCAGGUGGGGCUUGCCUCCUAGUCUGUGUAUUUAGCAUGACGGCCUAAGCCCUAAGAAUUUUGUUCUGCCUACUGGACCCAUACAAACUGUGCCACCCAUCUGAUUGCAGUCACAUAGAGGCAACUUGCCACAGAAAACCCUUUCAAAUGAAGCAUAUCUUCUCAAAGUUAUGGCAGACUUAUGCCACAAUCACAGAUGGGAUGGUCAAAAGGCACUGCCUCAAUACAGUGUUGUCACAGAUCAAAUGGCAACCACACAUUGACUUGCAUGUGGGGGUAGAAUUCUUUGUUAUUUUUAUUCUCAAAGGGAACAAUGAGCAAUUUUCUUGCUGCUGUGAGAAGGGCUUUGAAAACUAUGCAGUUUUCAAAGACUAUUUGCAGUUCUGAGCUUAUUCUGCAAAAAUUUCACAUGUUAUUUUUUUUUCCAGACCAGAAAACAGAUUGUUCUUUUUUAUUAUUACUUUACAGAAAACAGAUUGUUCUGUGCUGGAAACAGCAUUUUCUUUAUGGAAAAUUGCAUUUCUGCAAAUUUAGUACUUUUGCAUUUUCUGGACAGACAUACCAUUUUCUAUGAAGCAAAUACUGUUUUCUGCACAGAAUGAUUUGUUUUCUGUACUUGUGAGCACACACAUGCAACUAUGUACAAACUUGGUGCAAAAUAAAUCCCAAAUGGCAAAGAUUCUCAUCUGUCAAGAAAUAAAGUACAAAUAUAAUCAGGGUUUCCUAGCACUGAAGAAACACAUUUGUAACCAUUUCCCAAAUAUUUUUGAAUAUCCUUACCUACAUAAAAGAACUGGCCAUUAAUGAAACCUUAAUAUUCGGAUAUUAAAAAUGUAAGAGUCCGGCCAUUUCUCAUGGUACACUUGUACAAUAAAUAGUACUUCUCUAAGUCCUUCCUGAAGAAGGGAAUGCUAUCCAUGCAAAUGUGUAGCAGUUCAUUCUCAGAGAGAGAUUGUGAUUGCCCCUUUGUACUUGCAUAAUCAUUACAUUUUCACAAUUACUGUCCUCUGCAGGGUUUUGGGGGGGGGGGGGUUAAGAUGCAGGAACUGAUGCAAGGGGACAUUUCCAUUCAGAUCAGUCUGCAGUUUUGAAGCAGAUGAGCACCCCAACUGAGCCAUAACCACCAUGAGGAACUUCUUGUACCAGGACAUGUGUUGUGUAACAAAUUAAUAAUCCUAAGAGAAAUGACCUGCAGUAGGGCAAGGUGCUAUAGAUUGUUGUCUUCAUAAAAACUUUCUUCUUCCCCAGGAUUACUUGCCUGCCAGAUGACUGGCCACAGAAUAGUUGCACAGGUCUGUGCAUGUUGGAGUGGAGAAGUUUUGGCAGGCCCAAUUGUCCAUUGGGCCUUGUAUUGUGUAGUCACUAAGAUGAGGAAUCAGCCAUAAGAAUGUCUCAUGACUUUAGAUUUCCCAGAUUUUUGAAAUGAGUUAAGCUUUAUCUGAGGGAAAUAAAUACUCACUGAUGAUAAAGAUGUUGGGAUAAAUACUCUUGAUGAGAAAUUUUUGUUUUAGAAACAAAUAUUUACCUGAGUUAUGAAAGGUAAUGUAUAUUGGAAAGUAUUUUUAUGGUACAUUUAAAAUAUGAGAGUAUGGUUCUACAUUACAGAGCACUUAAGGUUAUUUGGUGGCAGUAGCGAUGCUUUUAG